AUGUCAUAUUCAGAUUGUUAUGACAACAUUCUCACAAAUGCGGCACUUAUGGUUCUGUAUGCUUCUGCCAGUCACUCUAUCAGAGUACAUUUGGCUAUCACAGCGAAGCGAAGUGGCCAGGAAUUGCCGAAUGAAGUGCUUCCACAGCACUCACAGUGGAUCUCAUUUACUCGCGCAGCUCAUAUGGCAUCCACCGCAAUACUCGAUGGCAUAGUCGAUAGUAUGACCAGUAGUCAGACAAAUACAGACACACCAAGCCCGACGAUCCACACACCAAGAUUGCCGAGCCCGGUUUCAAAUCGCACAAUUGUCUUGUCGCCACAGGACGGCCCGUCUGAAAGCACGAAGCGCCUAUUUCUUCCCCUGGUCAUCAGUACAUAUACUAAAGCCCUCGAAUCCCUACGCGGAAAAGUCGAGUCUACAGUGGCUUCUUUUGAAAGACUAGAAGAUUCCCCUUGCGGGCAUCUAUUGCUCGACGCUUGCUUGGAAACUUUGUCUAUCCUUGAAACAUGUGCAUUGGAAGCUCUGUCUACAAAGAAGACUGAUAAGAAGCAUGAUGGUGCCAAAUCUGAGCCCUUUCUAUUAGAGCACAUUCAAAAAGUCUCGCCCUGGAUUGGAGAAUACAUGGUCAGUGUCACUUCAAUGACAUCGCCGAAAGCACUACGACGGAUCAUAAUGUCUUUUUUAAACAAAGCGCCGGCCAAGUUUCUCAGCCUUGUCCAGUCAAUGCUCGAUUCGACAUUCGCAGACGUUGGCGCUGCGGAUAUGAUGACGCCCGACUCGCCGGGCACCGAUGUCCCUUUACUUGGUUUGACGCGCCUAUUAGCUAUGGACAUCUUUGCCCAUUGGCUGGUGCUUGUCAUGCUAUUAGAUGGCGUGUGGUGGAUUGGCAGUAUUGGACAGUGGGAGCUGGGGCAAGUUAUUGCUUUGAUGAAAACUCAGGGCUCGCUUCACCGGUCAAUGGAUACUAGAGAGACUUGGUGGCCAGAAACUAUGCAUCGUGUAAAGCUGGAGCUUACUCCCAAUAUCUAG